GCCUCUAGUCCAAUCAACCUUGGCCAGGCUGCAGUACUACUGCUGCAUCCCUAUGUCAAUCUAAUAACCCUCUACUCCAAAAGAACCUCAACGUUUUAUUUUUUUACAAAACAAAACUGUAGGCUGGGAAAGUACGAAUGGGCCAGGAAUUUCCGGCGGAAUGGCAUAAUUGAAAAGUUCGACUUUUAAAGUUGUUAAACUUUUCUGUUGUCAAGUGUUGAAAGGCAAUCGAUGACUCACCAACUACCCUCCAAGUACUGCACCUUUUAAUGUACAAGUCAAGGCCGAGGUGCCCAAGCUUAUACUCUUUGAACAAAGGAGAAGAAAUUAAUCUAUAUUCAAUUCUGAUACCCUGUCAUCAAUUAAAAAAACAUUGUAAUGCAGGGCCUUGACUCUUUCCUCAAGUCAGUCUACGAACAUCCUGACUUGACAAAAAAGGAUGUUGUCAAAGCUUUAGAGGGAUAUAAAGCUCUUUCUUUCAAAAUUGAUCAAUAUGUUGCGAAUGAUGGAACCUGCAAGAAUUUAUUGAGUCUAGAAGGUACUAUACCAAUUAAAUAUAGAGGGAAUAGAUACAACAUACCAAUAUGCAUUUGGUUACAUGAAACUCACCCUAAAUUUCCACCGAUCUGCUUCGUCAAACCGACGCCGGACAUGCAAAUAAAAGUGUCAACCUGUAUUGAUUAUAGUGGGAGAAUUUAUUUGCCUUAUUUGUCCGACUGGAAUGCUAAAAAAUCGGAUUUACUCAAUCUAAUUAGAAUAAUGACAGAAGUUUUCGGGGAUAAUCCACCACUCUUUACAAAACCACGUGAAACACAUCCAGUUCCUUACCCUACAAUGCCACCACAAGGUUACAUGCCAAUGCCUGCCAUGCAUGAUGUCAUAACAAACUACACUCCUUAUCAGAUGUCAGGAAUAACUAUGCCGACACCUUAUCCACCACAAAUGAACCCAACUCCGUAUGAAAACAUGAUGGGCAUGCCUUCGUAUCAACAGUACCCUAUGUCGAUGCCACAACCUUCUGUAGCCACAACGUCCACUGUCAAUUCUGGCACUAUAACAGAUGAACACAUUAAAGCUUCACUCCUUUCGGCUGUUGAAGACAAACUCAGGAAAAAAAUGAAUGACCAAGUUGCACAGAACAAAGCAGAGUUAGAUAUUUUACAGCAGACCAGUUAUGAAUUGAACCAAGGCAAAGCCAAACUGUUAGAUAUUAUCAGCAAAAUGGAAAAAGAAAAGAGUGAUUUGGAGAGGGUAUUUACCUUACUUAAAGAGCGUGAUGCAGAAUUGGAAAAGGCUAAAGCAGAUUUAGAGGAGAGGAAAGAAGUGGAUGUUGAUGAAGCAGUUAUAACGACUGCACCAUUAUACAAACAGAUUUUGAACGCAUAUGCAGAAGAAGCAGCCAUUGAAGAUGCAAUAUAUUACAUGGGAGAGGCAUUAAGGAGAUCAGUCAUAGAUUUAGAUGUAUUUUUAAAGCAGAUUCGGUCAUUGUCAAGGAAGCAAUUUACAUUGAGGGCGCUCAUGCAAAAAUGUCGUCAUAAGGCCGGCUUGGCUUAUUGAAUGACAUUUCAUAUUAUAUAUAACUAUUAAUUUUUAAAUUGUGGAAAUAAAAAAUAAAUAUUUAAUAGCAUUCUUUA